UUGAGGUCCCAAUGACCUGGUGAGCCAGACCAGAGGGCUACCCAUACUGGAGGGGUCACCAGUGAGGGAUGAGACAAAAUGGCUCCCAGGUGCACCAAGGCCUAUCAGAGGGGAUGGUGCACCAACCGGUAGUUCAUUUCAUCUUCGAAUAUGAGGCAUGGUGCCUCAUGUUGCUAGGAGACAGGAGUCCUGGAGGUUGAGCAAUGCUGCACACUGCACCCUGCAACUAGCAACAAACCUCUUUGGUCCUCUAUUCUGUUUAGACGGGUAGCUUGAUCAGGGCCCAGUCAAGUCAAUUGGCUGGUCAAAUAUGUCAAGCAGGUACUGCCCAGUCGGCAUCGCAUGGGUCGCACAGCUGCCAUUGGCACUGGGUGGUACCAGACUACGAAUGUUUCCUCACUACCCCUGUGACUGUUGAGUGUAUUGAAGCCCCAAUCCAUAACUUCCCUUGUUGAACUGGCUCUCUCCCCGAUGACCUAUGCAAUCCCUUGGCCAAUCCCUCUUGAAACAUCAUCUGUUGUCACUCUGGAAUCUUUCCAGGUUCCAAAGGGCAAAAAUGGGAAUUGAAAUGAUGCCCCUGGUUUCCAGACCAAGGUAAGGAGAAAGGUCCUCACUCCAUCAAGAAAAUGGAAAGAUGUGCAACAUUCUCAACAUAUAAGGGUAUUUCAUAUAGUAAAUACCUUGUGGUGAAGACCAUGGUGGCAUGUCCAUCAUGGAUCUUGACAUUUUUGAAGUUUAUCACAAGAAGCUUUGUCACCAGAUGAGUUUGACAUGACCGUCUGUGUGCGAUAUGUGACAUUCCUGUGGCUCAAAUUUCAUGUCCUCAUAAAACACACAAUCAGUUAUGUAGUGGCAGUAUAGCUUCUAAAGUCAUAUGUGCUCAACACUAUGCAGUGCUUCCAUUGCCAGGGUUAUCGGAGACAACUCUCGCCAUUUUAAGGAAAAUGGACUACUAAGAGUGUGUGACAACUGUGAUACAACAGGUCAUCAAGAAGAAGACAACUGUUCAGGUCCAGUAUGCUGUUAUCACUACAAAAAAAAAAAAAAAAAAAAAAAAAAAAAAAAAAAAAAAAAAAAAAAAAACAACUCAUAAAGCUUCUACAAAGCAAAGUAAAGGGUAUAGAUUCGAGAAAGAAGUAUUGGUGGUAAUUGGAAGGAGAAAAUUAGUUUCCCAGAGGCAGAGCAUCAUACCUGUGUACAAUAAUUCUUCCACCACUCACACUGCCACUACAGUUCAACCUCAGUCCUCAAAUACUGAAACUGCCUCUGGAAAGUUGUUCCACCAGAAACAGAGUAGGAGUGAGAGCUCUAUUGAGAACACUCUUUCUCCCAAAGAAUGGACUUUGGAGCUAUCAGGCAAGGCCUCCAGAUGCUCCUGAACCAAAGGCUCAUAUUUGUCCUUUAUCCUGGCAGAGGUAUCCUGAGCCUGUCGAAAUAAAAUCUCUGGAAAAUGGUUCCACAGGCAAACAACAUCCCUCCAAAAGGCGCUCCUAAGACUCUGGUAAGGGAAAGCCUAAAGGUGCUUCCAAACAAACACCUUAUUAAAAGGAGCUUAUGGAUUUGUCCAAAUUUAAGCCCACCAUGGGUCCUUUGAUAAUGGAUCUCAUGGAGGAGUAGCAGUGAUGGUAUGCCAGGGUACUCUCUUUCAGGCCAUCCACUUGUAGAUAACCCUGCAUGCAAAGGCUGUGAGGACAGGCUUGACACGACAUUAUAUUGUUACAUCUGUCUCCCUUCCUCCACAUAAUGUCAACAUAAAUGAUUUGAAAGAUCUACCUGGGCAGUUGCCUCAUCAAUGUCUACUCCUUGGAGAAUUCAGGGGCCGGCAUGACUUUGUACAGUCUAGGAGGAAUGGCCUUGGAGUCUAUAUUCUCUAGAGUAGAUGCAGGUUUACUGAGCAUGACACACUCACAGACUUCCAAAUUCAUACUGGGACAUUCUCCAAUUGUGACUGUCAAUUGGUUCGCCUGGUGCACAGCUGUAUUUCACUUGGCAGAUCAUGGAAGCAACCAGGUGAAUGGCAUUCCAGCCUAGAGAGUUGAAGAGAUGGCUACUUGAACAUGCAGACUGGAAUCUUUAUAGGUCAACUGCAGUAAUGCAGGGAUCUGUGAAUGAUUUCCAGUAUGUUCAAGAUGCUGUUGAUCACUUCGUAUCAUAAAUUCACCUUACAGCAGAAGCAUCCAUUCCCAUCGAUCUCUGGUACUGUGGUGGUUCGAUCAAUGUCAACAGACUGACACAGCAAGAAAAGCUGCAUUAAGGCAGCUGCAACGACCCCCAGUGAUGUGAUCUUGCUCCAUUACAAAAGGACCCGAAACAAGGCCAAGUGAGUGCUAAAUGAGGCUAGAUGGACAUCAUGGAGAUGGAGUUCUCCUUAAUUAACUCCGGGACCCCCUUAUAUAUUGGACAAGGUGUACAAGAUCACUGGAAAUAGCAUAUCCAUGACAUCACCUGCUCUGAAGAUAGACGGCAUAAUCUGAACAGACAAAAAAGAUGCCACAAAUAAGUGAGCUAAAUUAAUGUCAGAGAUCUCCUCUGGAGCCUGAUCCUUUAUCCUUCAGGCUGAACAGCAACAAUACCCUACAUCAUUCUUCAGAAGGACUGCAGCAGAACUUCUAUGCAACUUGCCAUUUUUGCACAAGGAGAUGGACUCUACUUUGGGCCUAAUCAAUAGGAUCUUUUGGGAGAGCAUAGUGCCAUCCACAUGGAAAGAAGUUAUAAUCAUUCCUACCUCUAAACCUGGCAAGGAUGCUUCCAUACCAAGGAAUUAGACCAAUUUCUCUCACCAGCUGGUUGACAUGGCUUCUAGAAAUGAAAAAUAAUGCUAACCCCACAUCAGUAUAGGUUUAAAAAACCGAGAAUGACAGAUGCCCCAAUGAGGAUGUAGACUCCUAUGCAAGAUUGUUUCACACAGUGAUAUCACAAGUUAGUAGUCUUUUUUGACCUCAAAAAAAAAAAUACAGUACUACUUAGAAGCAUGGCAUAAUCAUGAAGCUGUAAGCCAUUGGUUUAAGAGGAGCAUUACCCACCUUCACACAAAAGUUUCCUUGCUGACAGGAAGUUUAGAGUGCAGGUGGGAAACAGCUUCUCUAACAAGAACAGCUGGAAUGGGUCCUACAAGGGAGUGUCUUAAGUGUGACCCUGUUUGCCAUUGCUAUAAAUGACAUUGAAAGUGCUGUCUGUAUGUGGAUGAUUUCACACUGUACUGGAAUCUUACAGGAUGUGCAAGGAUACAUGCAGACUUCAGUAAAUCUGGUAGUGUUUAACUAAGUUGAUAAUAAAGCCCUCAGAAUCAAUACGGGGGGGGGGGGGGGGGCUUUCAGGUUUUCACCUGUGAAUUCCAUGUAUGGUGAGAGUGGAGAACCACCUCUUUCAUUACACCGGGACUACAUGAACCUGAUUUACUGCACGAGACUACAAAGGAUUUCAGGAUCGCCUACAUCCAGAUUGGUUUUCAACAAAUAGCAGGUGAAUGAGGAAUCCUGUGGAAGAUCUCAAUCUGAAUCUCUCUUUGGAACUCUCCAGUUUCCCCCUUGGACCAAUAUAGUUGAGCUGGAUUUGGGUGGAAUAGGGAAGGGAGAGAGAUCCGAAAAAUCAGGGAGAAAUUUCUUUAACACAAUUCCAAGUACCAAGGAUCAGAUGCAAUAUAUAUAGAUGGUUCACAUUCUGAAUAUGAUGUGGGCUUUGCAGUAUUGAGCAGGAGGAACAUUGCAUUUGGCAGUCUUUCUUCAGCAGCCUGGAUCUUCAUUGCAGAGUUACACACCAUCCUUGUAGCAGUCAAGAUGACUAGAGGUUUUACAAACUAUUAUAUUGUAAUAUAUUGCGACUCUCGUCGUACCUUGCAAGCAAUCAAUAGUUUCAACUCAUCACAUCCACUGGUGGGGGAGGUUCAAGAUUGGCUUGCUAAUGACCUUAGCUGUUGACACAGCAGAUUUUAUAUAAUCAAUUAUUCCCCCAUGCAUGAAUGGGAGUUGGCGGAAUCGAUGGUCUCUCCCUUUGCCAUUGAUGGAAGUAAUGCUGUACGACAUGGAUCAGCCAGUCCUUUGGGGAUUCUGAGGAUGACCCUCCUAGCGAGGGAAAGGCCAAGCGACGCCAGCACUGCACCAUCUGCAAGAAUCACAACAAGGUGUCCCCUAAGAAUCGUCACAAGUGUCCUUUCACCAAUUGCGAGUGCACGCUGUGCCAACUGACCCGCAAAAGCCAGAGGGUCAUGUGCCAUCAGCAACGGCUCUGGCGCUUCCAGAAAAUGGUGAAGAAGAGCGACGGCUCCGAAGGGGCGGUGCCUGAGGGCGGCAAUUGCGGAGGGCCGGCACCUGGCAGCAGGGCGCCUGGGACGCCAAAAGGGCAUCUCACGGAGGAGAUUCCUCCCUCGAGUGACAGCGGGAACACGGAUGGACUCAGCAAACGACAGGUGUGCGACAAAUGCAGGAACCACGACAUCUGGGUGCGGAAACGCGGCCACAAAGGCAACUGCCCAUACGAGAAAUGCAGCUGCCCGUACUGCUCCUUCACGGCGACGCGUCAGAAGUUAAUGAAGCAUCAGCAGCGUGUGCGACGGGCCCAGGUCACCAGUCAGCCAGGGAGCAGUCCUCAGGAAUUCGUCUUAAGGCCAUCAGGGCGCUCAGAUGCCACUACUGACGAAAUGGAAUCCCCAGACACCCAGCCAGACAAUCCUGGAGAGUCCCCGCCCCAAGUCGGGGAGGGAAAGGAUAUCGCUGCAUCAGAAUCCUUUCCCAAGAUUACCUCCCCGCCAGCUCCGCCUCUCGACCCUGCUUCUUCCCCCGCUCCCGUCGCCGAACCAGCGCACACACAAUGUUGGUUGGAGCCGUACAAAGAGGGUCCUGCACAACCUUCCAUCCCUCGAGAAGUCCCGGAGACGCGAUCGUCCGCCUUCCAGCCUCCAGGGUAUGAGACCUCACCCAUCUACACUCCAGCGCCCACAGCCCACACGCCUGUCAACCCUCACAUAAAGCCCGACCGUAGCUUCGACCUGACUAGAUGCUAUGAAUCCACCGAAACCCCCAAGACUUUCGCGACGCCGCCUCAGAACUCGGCUCUACGCUGCCCCUUGCCAGCCCAGGACUUCCCCACCUCUGUCAUGUCCUCCAUGAAGCCAAAGUUCGGCGUCGAACCUGACGACUUUCAGCUGCGGAACUGGACUGGACCUAUGGAUAACCAGUUGGCCAAGACUCCACUGGGCAUCCCACCCCCGUGCGUGUCUAUGCCUUUACCUCAGCCACCUCCUCCGCUCAGUUCCUCGGCCUCCAUCAGACCCCAUCCACACAUCCGACCCCAGCCGCCCAUCCGACCUCAGCCCAUUCAAGCCCCGAGGCUUUCCCAUGUCCAUCCACACAUGGGCUGGAGUUCCGUGAGUCUACCUUACAUUGCUUCAGCUCUCCUCCAGACCCACCACGGGAGCGCCCCCGGACUCCAACUUCCCCGCCAUGCUCACCUAACCCCCCCUGCUUCGUCUCUGGCGGCGUGGUGGUGCCCCCCCCGUCUGUGUGACCACCGGGAAGCCAUGAUGAACGGCGGGGGGGGUGGUGCGCCCUCCUCCAUCUAAGUGAAAGCUCCAAAGUUGUGAAGGCAAACACAAAGUGAUAUUGACAUAGCACUGGAGUACUUUAAACUUGAACUUUAGUAAAUCUGUGGUAAUAAGCCAAGGCAAACUUUUUUCUUAUUUCUAUUUUGCCACCUUUUUGUUAAAGUGCAAAUGCUCAUUCAGUUGAUAUGCCUGGUAAUGCAAAGAAAAGUAACAGUGACUGUCAAAUUAAUAACUGAAAUCUGCUAAACUGGUCAUAAAGAUAUAUGUUAGAGAAAUUUGCAACAACUACAAAAUCGUAAGAUUAGAAUAGUGGAUGGAUGGAAAUCCAAUCCUCAUAACGAUGAAGAGUAAUAACGAUUAUUGAUAAUAAGUAUAAUGAUACUACCAAAUCUACCCCCCCUGACAGUGCCAAAGAUGGAACACUAGAGGACUGAGUCAGCUGACCUUGUUCAGCGGCGUCAUCGCAUGACUGUGAUGACGAUGCCAUGUACCUGUAGCAGCACGUGGUACCCUUAUCUGACGCCGCAGUGUCAGACCAGGGUGCACUCUGUAAUAUGUUUUCGAUUUGGCCGAAUGGUUGCCAUUGUGCCAUAGAAUUAAUGAGGCGUAUGUUGCUGCCAAGCCAAAGCUCCGGGAUGAAUAGGACAAUGUGACUCUGAGAAUGCUUUGAGGCUUCGUCGUUCAUGUGAUAUUAUACAAUGCCUGUGAUAUCCUGAUGUUGUUGUGAUUAUAACAUCCACGUUCAUGUGACAGAUAGACUGUUUUAUAUGAGAACAAGAUAAUGACACUAGAUCAUGGUGAUUCGGUUCAAGUCAAUUAGAUAUGUUUUGUGACCGUAAUGUAAACGUCAGCUUGCAGCUUCACCUUGAACUGGAUAUGCUGUGGGAUGCAGAUGGUUUGUUUCCUCUCCAUCAAAGUUUUUCCCACGCCACAGAACUAGAUCUUCAUCCGAGAUUGUGGAAAAUAAUUAAACUUAAAAGAACUAAGCCAAUCCAAACGUUUGAGGUUAAAAAAGAGUAAUGUCAUUUUGUAACAUAUCUUUAUGUUUGACAGUACGAUGCAAUAAGAAAAAGUCAUCAUUAUCUGAAAUGAUGUUUCCCAUCAUGAAAUAUUUAUUUCAUUUCACUGACACUGAUUUGCAAUCUGCAUCAUCAAAUGCUUCUUUUUGACACGCACGAAGCUCUGAUUUGAAUAUAAAGUGAUGCUUACUUUUAAGCGAUCUUCUUGCAGACAAGCAAAAGAUUAAUCUGUGAGUCAACCAGUCAGAAAGAACUAGUCCGUCGUAUAUGUUUCAUAUAAGGUUCCAAGGCAGGAUUUUCCAUCGCAAGUUCAAACAUUCAAACGUCACAUGGUACCUAACCCAAAUACAUCUAUAAAUUAAUAAAAAUACGAAUUGUAUCUGUUGAUUACUUUUAUGACUUACGUUUUUUUUACAAAUAGUAUAUGGAGGAACAAGAAUCUCAAAAUCAUGAUGACCCCAAUGUUUUGUGACCGUAUCUGUUUCAUCAUGAUCUCAUUUUAGAUCGAAACAAGAAUUUCAUUAAAGCAGUAGCAGUUGGCAAACAAAACCGGUCGCGAUCCGACAAACGUAGCUCCUACAGCUUGAAGAAUUAACGUUCGUAGAAAUUGCAUUAGUGGAAGUUAUGUGACCAACUUUGACUCGCUUUGUUUUACCAGAGGUCCAUUGCACUCACAUGAGUUAGGGAUCCCUUCCUUUCAGAGAAUGCAUCAAAAUGUACUUCAAAAUCCUCCAUGAUUUUCUUGGUUGCAUCAGCAGUUGCAUGAUCUCAUAUUACAGUGCCCCGAGGACAGGAAUCCGUUUGUUCAUGGAAUUCAGAUUAACAUUAGUCAUUUAGGAGCAUUAACUCGUGAUUAAAUAUAUUGAAAAUGAGUUGUGAGAGCAAGAGAAAUUACGUAAUUCUAUUAGAUUUCUGAAAGACCUAAAACGGGGAAGAAAGCAGGUUAUGAUUUGAAAAGGGAAGGCAGUUAUUGCAAAUAUACCAGAAUAUACCAGUAAUUUGCUUUACGGACAAAGAAAAUCAGUUGUGAGUUGUACCAGGGUGGGUCGAAAAAAUGAUUACAUUACCUAUUUCCAGGUCUGAUAUUUUAAGUUUGAAGUCAUAAUAAAAAAAUGCAAAGACCUAAAUCUUAAAAGAAAUGCUACAGACCACUACUUCAAAGAAAGUUCACGGGAAAAAGGCGUGUUUGAUUAUCAGCAAUGCAUUUUUGCAGUGUACUAUAUCAAAAGUCUCGCACUUCAUUUAUUCUGAAAACUGGUUAAAGAAAAAAAAGAAAAAAAGAAAUACUUUAUAUUAAUCACAGUUCAUAUACUACUACAUAUUUUUUAUAUAGCUUAAGGCUUAAUUUAUAUAUAUAUAUAUAUAUAUAUAUAUAUAUAUAUAUAUAUAUAUAUCUUCCAUGUAUAAUUAUAUAUUCAGAAACUGCAUCUUGUCGGAAAUGCGCAAGUUUGUGAUUAUCACCAAUAAAUAUUCCGGUAGGUAGCAUAUUUUCCUCAUGUCUAGCAAAUUAGAAUAUGAAGGAAAUGCUGAUUAAAAAACUAAGACGAUCCUGAGUGGCGCGCCCAUACAAUGCAAAUGUUGCCUGAACCAUCGUGAUAUGUGACGUUAUCAUCUCUUGGAAGAGCUGCGUGUGAGAAAGGCGGGAGAUGGGUGUGAGCUGUUUUCGUUGUAACUCACUAUUUUUGUAACCCUAAUUAUAUCCAAGGUUCCACAAAAGGCGUAUGAAAAAGUCGGUGUGACAUAUCACGUAAACUAAAUAGAACGGUGCUCUUAAUCAGUCAUCCAAUCUGUAAAAUAUUAUUGCUAGGAAAACUGACUGUUAUCAUACAUGCAAUCACAGAUAGUUCAACUGUUAUAGCAGAGGUUCCUAACCGGUGGGUCGCCGUCCUAAACAGAGGGCUAGUAGGAGGUCGCGGAGCCUUGGGGAAAAUAAAGUAAGGCAAUAUGCAAGGCGUCCAGCCCUGUUCGUAUUAAUUAAACAUAUACUAAGAAUCCAUGUCACCAUGGAAUAUUGUAUUACAAUUAGGUAAAUAAAGUUUGCAUAUAUUGCUGAA